UCAUCAGGGUUGUUUUGGAGGAAGUCAAAGCAGAUCCCGAAACAGAAAGAGAAAAAAGCCGUCAGAGGGGCAAUAGCGGUAACAACAACCGUAUCGUUAUCUAAUAUUCUGUAUUACUUCAUCCAUACAUUAGAAUAAGCGAUAUAGUCUUCCGUAGGCGAAAGGGGCUGAAGUUAGUUUUUAGUUUUUGUCAUAAUCACCAGGCUUGUAGAAGGGCACGGUAGCGUUGUAGCUCUCAAGCGACAUUACUAGCACAAAUCCAGAUUGAUAUUCGCCAGAACUUCUGCUAUAUUAACCAGGCUUACUUCAGUUUAUUAGUGAUUGCCGCCAUUCUUGAUGGUUGCAUAAUAUUUGUUGAAACAAUGUGAGGAACUGCGUUUGUCGAGAGAAAGUAAAAGCAAGUGUUCCAGCUGUGACACUAUGACAUCAAGGAAGAAAGUUCUACUAAAGGUGAUCAUCCUUGGAGACUCUGGGGUUGGAAAGACAUCUCUGAUGAAUCAGUAUGUGAAUAAAAAGUUCAGUAAUCAGUAUAAAGCCACUAUAGGAGCAGAUUUUCUGACAAAAGAAGUGAUGGUUGACGAUCGACUCGUCACAAUGCAGAUAUGGGACACAGCAGGUCAAGAGAGGUUCCAGUCUUUGGGCGUGGCAUUUUACCGCGGUGCAGACUGUUGUGUGCUUGUGUUCGAUGUCACUGCCCCCAACACUUUCAAAACACUGGACAGCUGGAGGGACGAGUUCUUGAUCCAGGCCAGCCCACGUGACCCAGAGAACUUCCCCUUUGUGGUGCUGGGCAACAAAAUUGACCUAGAGAAUAGGCAGGUAGCAACCAAGCGAGCACAGGCUUGGUGUCAGAGUAAGAAUAACAUCCCAUACUUUGAGACCAGUGCAAAAGAGGCCAUCAACGUUGAGCAGGCUUUCCAGACCAUUGCACGUAAUGCACUCAAACAGGAAACCGAAGUGGAGUUAUACAAUGAGUUUCCUGAGCCAAUUAAACUAGACCGGAAUGAUAGAGCCAAGCCAUCAGCAGAGACUUGUAGCUGCUGAGGACCUCCAGGGGGGUGCUACGUUCACCUUCAGCCUCUCUGGCUUUGUCUCUGCCUCACUCCCUUUCUCUCUUUUGCGUUUCUGUCUCUCUCAUUUUCUUUCUUCACCCUUUACUCUAUAAUCACUGGCCUUUGUCAACGAGCAGACUUCCUCUUCAUGAUCCUACACAGUUUGCAUUCACAGUCAUAGACACAACACACACCCACAAAUGUUGAAGAGGCUAAACCUGAUGCCCAAAGUAAAUAAGAAACAUUUUUCGUACACAAUCCCGACAUCAUCUACUGGUUCUGCAAAAGCAGUUCACCCAUGUACAAGUCCUACUGAAACUUUUCACCCGCCAUUUUCAACUGCUUCAUCAUUCUGCUUGAAAUAAACUGGCGACCUGGCAAAAAGCAUGCGACAUGCUCUAUUUGCAUCUCUAUGUCAUUAACACAAAAUGCCCCUCCUGUUGCAACAAUUAACCAUCAUUCUAGCUUUGUCCCAAAGCACUGGAGUCUAAUACUGCCCCCCACUAUUACAUCUGAGAACUGCAGCCAGUUAAUCCAUUGUACACCUGGUUGUUGUCCUCCUGUUAAUCAAUAAGAGAGGGGGGGUAUUGUCAGUUGUAUGAUAGGGGAUGGGGAAUGUAGAUAUUCUUUUGAAUAUCUCUCAUUACAAUUCGUACUAUCAUGACAUUAAAUAUGUCUAUAUUGUCUUUUUCUCUAAUCGUCAUGUCAGCAUGACCGUAUCACCGUGAGUCUGCCAUGAACAAGUAGUGACAUAGGCCAGUGGUUCCCAACCCUGUUCCUGGAGGCCCCCAACACUACACAUUUUGGAUAUCUCCCUAAUCAAACACACCUGAUUCAACUCAUCAGCUCAUUAGUGGAGACUCCCAAGACCUGAAUUGGGUGUGUCAGAAAAGGGAGAUAUACUAAAUGUAUAAAUAUAUAUAUGCAGUGUUGGGGGGCCUCCAGGAACAGGGUUGGGAACCACUGGGGUAGGCCAUCUCUUGUCUGUCUCUUUGUUUUUUUUUUUGUUGUUUUUUUUUUGCCCUAACUCUACCAGUAAUGGUAGAGAAGUUAAGUGCUUGGUAUCACUCAGAUCUUUUUCUGUCUGUUUGUUCUUUAUUAUUAUUAUUGUUAUAAUUAUUAUCUGCAUUGCAUAUAUAAAUAAACACAACUAGACAAUAAUGGAGGAAAACUGAAUUUUGACAUUUAAUGAAACAAAAUGCACAGCAUAUUCAUUGUUCAAGAUAAAUGUAUUUCAAAGUAAUAAUGGAAUUAAAAUUAAGUUGUUGAAUACA